UGUUAUUUUGUGGAUGUCUCUCAUUUUAUUAACCACACAAUAAUGGUUAUGAUAGUAGUGGCUUGGCUUGAAUUGAAUCUUGAAAUGCAGAAAUAAAUAAAACAGACUUGUAUGCUAAUGCUUGUAUAGUGUAUUGAAUUUAUAAUGGUGAAUUGCAUGACGAGACCGCCCUCCAUUCUGAAAUUCCCAGGGAUGAUUGUGACGCCGCCAGCUACAGCUCCGGUGGCUUCAAGGACCACCUGGACCAGGCCUUUCUUCAAACCCCUGCAUUGUGCACCUCUCCACCAACUCCAGCAACAGCAAGAGGUUGAUGCUGGAGGAAUCAUGUGUGAACCUUGUAAUGGGAAAGGAUGGUUGCUUUGUGAUUUUUGUAAAGGACAAAAAACCAACGUCACAGCGGACAACAAGCGGAUCUACCGCCGGUGCCCAUCUUGUAAAGCUAUUGGUUAUUUGUUAUGUUCCAAAUGUAAAGUCUUCAAAUGUGUCACCUUCCCAAAUGGUAGCGAUGGUGAAGAGCUGACGUUCUGAGAACACCUUGCUGGUUUAUUUGGGGGCAAAACAAAUUGCUGGCUUAUUCAUUAAAGACUGCAGAGAAGCCCUUCGACUAGUGUACUUGUGGAGUUAUUUUCAAUGUUCUGGAGGAGAAUGAUUUCAGGUUCCUCCUUGUCCUAUGUAUUUUUCAUAAUCAAUCAAGAAGGAAUUCUUUGUUAGGCAUCUAGUAUACUAUUUUGCAUUUCCAUGAGCUGUGGAAACUGUUAGAUGGUUGACUAGUAUUUCCUUGUUGAUUUGAUUUUCCUAGCAAUCAGCUAAGUCUUUAAGGUUCUCAGAAUAUGGUUUUAAUAAGUUACUUAAGGGACUGUCUUUGAAUUGCCCGGUUGGGUGGCUGUCAAACGUCAAUAGCCUAGACCAUAGAGUACAGGUUUAUCUUGGAACUACGCCAGAGUAUUGACAAUGACAGUUAAGAAUAUUACUGCUAGUUCUAACUGUAUGUUAGUUAUCAGUUUGGGACUAAAAUACCUUUAGGUAAUGCAUGUCCUUGUUUAUUGGAUCUUAUACUUUGGUAUUUUGAAUUUGAUUCAAUAUCUUGUACAA